ACGCACGUAUUGAAUCAACAAAAAAGGAAUGCAAAUCUUUCCGUUUCAACGGGAACCAGCAAACACUAGCGCCUCGCGUGGGUAAAAGAGAAACUACAGAACUAAACAACACCGGCGUCGAUUCAUCGAAGCAGUGGCUCGUUGUUCUACGUUAGAAGAAUAGUAUCGUUGGAGGAAAGAUGGGCGAUAAAUCAGCAACUGAAUGGAUACAUGACCAGUUGUCACAAGUUUUGGGCUUUGAGGUCCCACAGGAAAUGGUUGGGUACAUAGUCUCUAUGGAAACAGGACAAGACCUAGAAGAUUACUGCCGAUCUCUACUGAACUUUGGCAAUCCUCAACAUAAGCAGUUUUACGACAGUUUGCUGAUCCGCCUUAAAGGCUCUUCCAAUGCUGGUGGCCAGCCCCAGCCAGUGGGUUACAAAAAAUCCCAAAAUGAAGAAGUUUAUUUUGUUGGCAACUCAGACAAGAAGGGAAAGGGCAAGAAAUCUGGAUCAAAGCCUGGUACUCAAGUAAAUCAUGAUGAUCAGAAACCAGCACCACCCCUAUUGGAAGAACCUGAGACCAGUGCACCUGGCAUUAAAAAACGUCCUAAAUUUGUCAACCUGUAUUCUCAAGAAGGCCAAAAUAAAGAUACCAUUCUACUUAAAGGGCGACAUGCCUGUGAGUGUCAAGCAACCAAGCAUAAGUUAGUCAACAACUGUGUUAAAUGUGGCCGCAUAGUUUGUGAGCAAGAGGGUGCAGGGCCUUGCUUCUUUUGUGAUAAUCUGGUUUGCUCACCUGAAGCAAUGAAAGUUCUUCAAAGAAAUUCAAGGCAAUCAGAAGGUCUCUUGAAGAAGCUCAUGAGUCAGGGUAAGCCAUCAGAUGUUGAUGCUGCAGUAGCUCAGCGCAACCGUUUGUUAGAAUACGACCGUACCAGUGAACGGCGCACCAAAGUAAUUGAUGAUGAGAGUGAUUAUUACUCAUCUAGUUCGGUUUGGCUGUCGGAGACAGAAAGACAAAAGUUAAAGAGCCAGGAAGAUGCUGAACGAGCUCGCAAGCAUGCUUCUAGAAGGGAUGCACGCUUUACCCUUGAUUUUGCAGGACGUCAAGUUGUUGAAGAGCAAGUUCUCUCUGAAAUAAUUAAUGAAGAAGAGAACAGGAAAGCCCUAAAAGAACUACAAUUAAGUGGUGGUAGUGCUGGUCUCAUGGACCCUGGAAUAGACUUCCCGGAAUUAACAUUCCAAGGGUCUGUUAUGGAAGAUUUACCUUGGAGACACUCUCCAUCCCCUGAAGGCGAUAGGAACUUCCCCCAGUCCAACCGUGUCCAAGACAAAGAAUUCCUUGAAAUGACAGAUUCUGGACGUUGUCUUAGUAUGCACCAGCCGUGGGCAUCUCUUUUGAUUGUAGGAAUAAAGCUCCAUGAAGGUCGUAACUGGUACUCUGCUCACAGAGGGCGGCUCUGGAUUGCUGCCGCCGCCAAAGAGCCUGAUAUGCAAGAAAUCAAAUCAUAUGAAAAGGCAAUAAGUCUUCUGCGGGGAGAUCCCAACAUCCGCUUCCCUGAGCAUUAUCCUACUGGAUGCUUGCUUGGCUGUGUCACAGUAACCGAUUGCUUAGCCCAAGAGGAGUAUCGUCAAAGAUACCCAGAAGGAGAAAGUGAUUCACCAUUUGUUUUUAUUUGUGAAGAUCCUUUGGCUUUGCCUGUACGCUUUCCAAUGCAAGGUCAACACAAAAUUUAUAACCUUGAUUCAAAGAUUCAUAAUGCAGCUCAAAAAUCUAUUCAAAGGAUGGCUAAAAUUCGUGCUGAAAGAUACAGUGAAAUAAAAUCGUAAAUGCAAU